AUGUUCAGCAGAGGACCCUGUUUCAGCAAGCAGCCUUUGGCAUUCCUUAUCCGAACGCCGCGAUCCAACAUUCGAAAUGUAGAACAUAUCGACUUACCAUUCCCUUGCAAAACCGAAUUAUGGGAAAGUGCUGGGAUUGAAGAAUGGGCUGGAUACGCCAGGGCAUCAGAGUCACUAACUCUCUCCUCUGCUGCAGCGCGAAUUAUUCGCCGAAAUGACAGCACGCUGAAACUUGAUACAUUUCAAUCAAACCUGAUUCUUUCCUAUUCUUUGCUUACGAAUAUGCGAUCGAUAGAUCUGGAGCAAACGCUAGAGGCUUUUAUUAGGAGGAUGAACCAAACACUCUUCGCAUAUCACGCACUCCUCGCAGCAUAUCGUGCUCCGCUCAAAGCUAUUCUAAUAGUUAGCGGCGAAUCUUGGCUCUUUAAUGGGAAACUCACAGACCAAGCGGAAUAUCACCAAUAUCACCAGGCCAAGAAGGCAUUACGUUUGUGGGUUUCUGACACUGAUGAACUAAAAAAGGGAGUUUGGCAUGCGCUACGGGUUUUGGAAUAUGCUAUCGAUCAUCCAGUAUUGGGACAUACUCCAGGGUUAAUUUCUCCAAAUACGGACCUCUCUCAUGCCUGA